CAAGCGCCUCCCCUUCGUUUUCCUAGCUAGCAUCUUUGCACCUUGACAGCGAUCGCUCGGUUUCGGCAAACCACCAGCAGCACCAUGUCUCUCAAAAACGACAAGUUCCCCGCCUCGGCGGCUUUCGACGAGAUCAACAAGGCGCUCAAUGCCAACGAGGCCGACCGCAAGGACGCCAUCAAGCAGGGCAACGCUGUCUUCGCCUUCGUCCUCAAGAACGCCGCCGGCGAGACCGAGAGCUGGCACAUCGACCUCAAGAACAAGGGCGCCGUGGGCAAGGGCACUGGCGAGAACCCCAAUGUCACUCUCUCCCUCUCCGACUCCGACUUUGGCAACCUCGUCGCGGGCAAGGCCAACGCUCAGCGGCUAUUCAUGUCGGGCAAGCUCAAGAUCAAGGGCGACGUCAUGAAGGCCACCAAGCUCGACCCAAUCCUCAAGAAGGCCCAGACCAAGGCCAAGCUCUAGACGGCCAAGCGCGGCGAGGAAAGCUGAUGAUGUUUUGGACGAUGCGAUAUCUGUACAUAUAAACCUGUUCUUGGGGGUGUGCCAAAAACGGCCGGUCGCUACGACAGCGAAUUGCAUUCAUGUUGGCGUCUUCGGUACGGGCGCUUGGUCGCGGGAGGAGGACUGCGGCACUGCUGGUUUGCUGGGGCGGCCAUUGG